CUAUCACACACUUCAAUGCACGAAAUAGGUGUAUUUAUUUUUAUUUAUCAUUUCCUAAUUGAGCAAACUACAAGUAAGCAAUUUUCAAGGCGCGCUCUCUCUCUCUCUCUUCGAUUUCUGGUUUUAAUGGCUUCUGUUGAUGAUGCUUCCAUUAUGCCUCAAGAUGUUUGCAUUGUCGGUGUUGCAAGAACUCCAAUUGGCGGCUUCCUUGGUUCGCUUUCAUCUUUGCCUGCUACGAAGCUUGGUUCUAUAGCUAUUGCAUGUGCUCUUAAGAGGGCAGGUGUGGAUCCAUCUAUGGUGCAGGAAGUAUUCUUUGGGAAUGUACUUAGUGCUAAUUUAGGCCAAGCUCCUGCUAGACAGGCUGCAUUAGGUGCAGGUAUACCUAAUUCUGUGGUCUGCACCACUGUAAAUAAAGUGUGCGCAUCAGGGAUGAAAGCUACAAUGCUCGCUGCUCAAACAAUUAAACUGGGUGAGAAUGAUGUAGUAGUUGCUGGUGGUAUGGAAAGCAUGUCCAAUGCACCCAAGUAUAUCCCUACAGGAAGGACAGGCUCACGGCUGGGGCAUGAUACUAUUGUUGAUGGCAUGCUCAAAGAUGGUCUUUGGGAUGUCUACAAUGAUUUCGGAAUGGGUGUUUGUGCAGAGCUGUGUGCUGAUCAACACAAUAUAACAAGAGAACAACAGGAUUCUUAUGCUAUUCAAAGUUUUGAACGAGGUCUUGCUGCAGAAUCUAGUGGUGCAUUCUCAUGGGAGAUGGUUCCGGUUGAAAUCUCUGGUGGCAGGGGGAAGCCGUCUACAAUCAUCAACAAAGAUGAAGGGCUAAAAAAGUUUGAUGCAUCGAGGUUAAGAAAGCUCCGUGCAAGUUUCAAGAAGGAUGGAGGUUCUGUAACAGCUGGCAAUGCUUCUAGCAUAAGUGACGGGGCUGCUGCUUUGGUCCUAGUGAGUGGAGCAAUGGCAGUUAAACUCGGAUUGGACGUUAUUGCUAGAAUCAGAGGCUAUGCUGAUGCUGCCCAGGCACCUGAGUUGUUUACAACCGCUCCAGCCAUUGCGAUACCGAGAGCAAUCUCAAAAUCUGGGUUGAAAGCAUCUGAUAUUGAUUUUUAUGAAAUUAAUGAAGCCUUCUCUGUUGUCGCUCUUUCAAAUCAGAGGUUGCUCAAUAUUGACCCUGAAAGAUUAAACGUGCAUGGAGGUGGUGUGUCGUUGGGACAUCCAAUAGGAUGUAGUGGAGCCCGCAUUCUGGUCACACUCUUAGGGGUGUUGAGGCAACACAAAGGGAAGUUUGGGGUUGCUGGAAUUUGCAAUGGGGGAGGAGGUGCAUCUGCUGUUGUUCUAGAGCUCAUAAAUAAGCGGCCUGCGUCACAGGUGGCACGCUCUCUGCUGUGAUAUGAAUAUAAGCUGUCAGCUGCUGCAAAGAUAACAUCUGCAGAUGUUUCACCCAGACUUGGAGGAAUGAGCAGUACCUCCUCAAAUACUUCUAUGAAUAAUGUUCUUAUCCCCGUGUAUUUGUAAUGUGUUACAAUGCUAUCAAUUUGCAUCUAUUUAAAAAUAUUCUAUCUAUUCCA